AUGCCGAAUCGUCCACAUCAUCCUUGGAGCCGGAAGACACUAGGACAACUGAAGAUCACAGUAUACAAAUGCAUUGAGGUGCCCAAGGCCCAUAUCGAUGAUGUCCGACAUAUGGACGUAAUAUUUUUAUGUCUUUCUUGUCACUCGUUGCGGACAAUCAAGGAGCCCAUGCCAUAUUUUGGCUUCUAUCAUAACAUUUUGCCAGAGCAAGGAGGAACACCUGUACUCCCAGGCUUCCUGCAGCUCAAGGGCAAGUACGAGCUGGUGUCUAGCUCCAUCUUGGCAGCCACACCCCUUGCCAUCGUCCAUUUUAUCCUUGGUGGCAAGGACAGAAUCCCAACACCCGUUCCACUCCUCUCCCAUUACCUCGACAAGUUCUACCCCAGCGGCGGGUUUCUGUACAUCGAGAUCUUGUUCGACAUUGCUUCAUAUCAGCAGAUCGACAACUACACCCGCGACCAGGUCCGAACAGUUUCUGAGCUCACCGGUCGCGUCUUUGCGUUUCUCUCCAACAAUUCGGAAGAAGACAGUGGGUGGCUCUUUGCAGGGAAGGAGGGUCAAGGUGAGGGAGAGUAUGUUGCGAUGGAAGUUCAGCAUGUUCUCUCUACAGUGUUAAAGCCCUAUGCUAGGAUCCUCAAGUCCUCCCACAUUGUCUUCCUGGUCUGCGGCUCUGUGGUGGUGCAUGAGACAUCCUACACUCAGCUCAAGGAGGCCGUUCUUCAAUUCGACUUUGUGGGCACAAUCAUCUUUCCUGCACCUCGCUUUCAACCUCUUGUCACCACGAAUUUUUUGGUCGCCAUGAUCGAACUUGUCGCGAUUGAGCAACUCAGUGUCCACAGUUGCCUCGGUCAGCACACCAGCAUCAUCCUGAUGACUCGAGUCAACAUUGAAGGUUGCUGCAAACUGGAACUGACUACAUUUGCGUGCGCUCACACUCAGACUUCACCUUGGGGCUGGGAUAUUCCUGCACAGUUCCCCCAAUGCGGCUCUACCAAGAGCUGGGCCGAGAGGGUCACUGUGACGGUUGCUGAUAAGAGUCAUGACGAGGACGCCCCAGACCAUGUCUCUGUUUGCUGGUACAUCUACACAUGCAAGUACACCAACUGUGGUAGCAUGCAAAAGUUGCCUCCCUACAAGUUGUCCGUCACCAAGCCUCCUGGGUCAAUUGUCAACAGCGCAAAGGCCAAGAACUGCGCUUGGUUCCAGUCGCCUUCUACUCAUUUUGUACUUCAGUCUUCAGCUGUGUCUACCCAAGGCAAGCGCAUGAAUGAGGGGGUGCCUACUGGGACUGCCAAGAAGGCGCGCAGGUUACGCGACGCAUACCCACCCUUGCCGAAAGCUCUUGACUUAUACAACAUGUCAUUAAUGGCUGAAUGGUAUGCUUCUUGGGAGGGAGUACUGACUCUCCACAAAGAUCAGUUUGUAAAUGGGAAGAAUUCCCGUCACAAUUUGCUGAGACAGAUCCGCAAUGAAAUUGUCGCAAUUCAUCACACAAGAGAGGAUCCUGAGGAUUUACCAAAGGGAUUGAAAAAGGCUAUCCAGAGGUACUACCUCCAGUUCUUAACGGAUGCUGAUGAUCGGCGUGAUGAGCAACAGAUCUUGGGAGAUGACUCAGAGCUGGAGGAAGAACUUGGCAUGUCCCCUGAAGACAGAGAGUUGGCGGCUUGUCCUAAGGACACAGGGUUCUACAAGAAGGAGCUUAAUGCUUGGGACGUCGCACAGAAACUCUUUAAGCAGGAGAUGGACAACUACGAUAAGGAGCAGCAACAGAAGAAAGGCGUACAACAUUCUAUUAAGUAUAGGACUGGACAUGCGAGGCAAUGGUUCAACAGCAUGACCUCUGCACAUCAGAAGGAGGUUGAGGAGGUGAGGGACAAGUGGAAUAGGGAUGGCGCCCCAGCAGAAUCACAGGCGAUGUAUCGAAAGAAAAACCUCAAAAAAGUUCUCGAUGAUUUUACAGAACAGAUGUGUCGUACUAUGGGUUGCCGACUCAUGAUGUUGGUCAGUCACAAGAAAAAUGCCGAUCAGACUUUAAGUGUCAAGAUAAGAAAUCGUUUAGCCAGAGUUCUUGAGGAAGCAAAGAAUGGAUGUCUGAAGGUUUUGAAAAAUAUGCCGAGUGGUCAAAGGCUGAAUUCUUUCAGACUGCUCAAUGACCGUGUAUCAGACCCCAUCAAUGAUGAUGAUGAUGACUCCGAUGAAGAAACGAAUGAUGGAAAGGAUGCAAUGCCUGAAGUCAUCCUGGAUAACCAUGGUUACGCAAAGCUCCCUUCUCAAGUCUUCACUGGUAGCAUGAAGCCAGUACCUUGGCUCUCAAUCGCCAGUGAGCCUUUGCUGUACCUGGAUCCAGACUCCAUCCCCAAUGGUUUUACCGUGCAAGACCCAUCUCAUUUGAGAGUGAAGGAAAUCAACAAACUUUGGGGCCAUUGGGAAGCCCAGAAGGCUUCGAAGCAGAGACUCGUUAUUUUUGUCGGAGCUGCAAGUGCCCACAUGAACAAGUCCCUGCUCGAAAAUGCUGUUUAUGUAGGCUAG